AUGUACUACAACCAGUCCAGUCCCCCACCACCCCCGCCAGAGUUACCCUUCUCCGAAGGCAAUGGCGAUGCCGAGUCCUGGGUUCAAUGGGUGUUCGAUUCGAACGAGAUCCCCGCCUACCUGACCGGGGAUCAACCCUUGUCCAUCAUGGGGGCGCCCAUCAAAUGCUUCUGCACGGCAUGGGCUGUCGAGGAUGCCCAUAUCGACCAGGCAGCCAAGAUCCUUGCUGCCACGGGCAAAUUCUACCCCUGCAAGGACCCCGAGCGGCGCCACUGCUAUGCAGACAACGUGGAGGCGCAGGACGAGCGGUAUAUCCCCCUUCCAGCGUAUCAUUUCCAUACCGACGAGCGCUACCCAACGGUUUGUGGCGACUUUGAGAGUCAGACGGGGCGGAUUUUCCUUUACCGCAUGUCCGACGUGCACUCGCCUGCAAUUCGAACCCCGUCUGCAGGGCCUCAGAAGCCAUUGGAGCAGACAGUCCACCAUGGCUAUGACAGCGGCAACUACAUCUCCACCUCCAGUGAUUACCUCUGGUUCUCGGCCCUUCAUAGCUCUAAGAACCGUGGGUAUCGGGACACCCCCUAUGCCCACUUGAACUGCCGUGGUCGCCAAGACCCGGGCAAGUACCCGGUCAAAAUGCUGCGAUAUAAUGAAAAUAAUCCCGAAAUGGAUUCCGACGGCGAGAAGCUAUACUGA